AUGUCGCACAGAGGGAUCGCUCACACAUCGUUCACCAUCCGGGAUAUACUCAACCUGGGCCGCUGCCCCGGGGUCCUGAGGGACAAGCACAAGAGAUCGGGGCCCGGGGCCCCUCCCGGAAAGUGGGACCCACUGCAUGGGGCUGCAGAGAUCGGGCGACCUGCGACUGGCAGUGACCCCUCUGUACUAUGUCACCCUGUAGGGGACUGCCCGGAGCCUGCCCUUGGAGAGCAGCCGGGGACUGAGCAGGGAGCCGGGGGGAAGAAGAGGAGCCGGGCCGCCUUCUCCCAUGCCCAGGUGUAUGAGCUGGAGCGGAGAUUCUCCCUGCAGAGGUACCUGUCCGGGCCGGAGAGAGCGGACCUGGCCGCCGCCCUGAAACUCACAGAGACUCAGAUCAAGAUUUGGUUCCAGAACCGGCGCUACAAGACCAAGAGGAAGCUGCUGGCCAAGCAACAGUCAGCAACAGCACCAGGGACCCCGGCCAGGCAGGUGGCAGUGAGGGUGCUGUUUAAAAGGCUGACGUUUGUCUAUACUGUACUUCCAUGCUUAAAUAUAUUUGAUAUAAAACAGUUUAGUACAUGUGAUCUACGAAAGCAGUAUUAA